AUGAUGCUUUGCUGGGCGUCAACAGCCUUUGUGACACUUCUUGCCGUCUUCACUUCAACUACGCCCCUGUCUCAUGAAGGUGUUUGUCCUGGGACUCAGAAUGGACUGAGCUCCACUGGCUCUCAGGAGAACCAGUACAACCUCAUCAGAGAUCGAUACGAUGGUUGUGAGAUCAUCAUGGGAAAUCUGGAAAUCACUCAGAUUGAAAGCAACUGGGACUUCUCCUUUCUCAAAACUAUUCGUGAAGUCACUGGCUACGUCCUUAUCGCUAUGAACCACUUUCAAGACAUUCCCUUGGGGCAGCUUCGAGUGAUCAGAGGAAACAACUUGUAUGAAAGGCGAUUUGCCCUCUCGGUCCUUUUUAACUAUCCCAAAGAUGGCUUCAAUGGCCUCAGACAACUGGGCUUGCCAAAUCUUACUGAGAUACUGGAGGGAGGAGUUCAAAUUAUAAAUAACAAAUAUUUGAGUUAUGGUCCGUGGAUUUAUUGGCAAGAUAUAAUCAGAGACAACAGUGCUCCAAUAGAGAUUCAGUACAAUGGAGAGAAAGGUCCCUGUCACAGUUCCUGCGGCGACUACUGCUGGGGUCCAAAUGAAAGCCAGUGUCAAACAUUGACAAAGACAGUGUGUGCUCCUCAGUGUAACGGCCGCUGCUUUGGGACCAGUCCACGAGACUGCUGCCACAGUGAGUGUGCAGCAGGCUGCAAUGGCCCUCUAGACAUCGACUGCUUUGCUUGUCGUCAUUUUAAUGACUCUGGGUCUUGCGUACGUCAGUGCCCUCAGAAUCUAAUCUAUAACAAGCAAAUGUUUCAAAUGGAAACCAAUCCCAAUGCCAAGUAUCAGUAUGGCUCCAUUUGUGUUUCUCAAUGUCCCACUAAUUUUGUGGUGGAUGGAAGCUCCUGUGUGAGUGUCUGUCCUCCAGACAAGAUUGAGGUGGAGAGAGAAGGCAAGAGACAGUGUGAGCUCUGCAGUGGACUCUGUCCCAAAGUGUGUGAAGGCACUGGUGCAGAACACAGACAGACUGUGGACUCCAGUAACAUCGACAGCUUCAUCAACUGCACUAAGAUCCAGGGCAGCCUGCAUUUCCUUGUCACAGGGAUUCUGGGGGAUGACUUUAAAAAGAUCCCACCUCUAGAUGCUAAAAAGCUGGAAAUAUUUAAAACAAUCAGAGAAAUCACAGACAUCCUGAAUAUUCAGUCUUGGCCAAAAGAACUCAGUGAUUUGUCUGUGUUUUCAAGUCUUAAAACCAUAAAAGGAAGAUCCCUCUUUAAACGUUUCUCUCUGAUGGUGAUGCGGAUCCCCUCCCUCACGUCCCUGGGCCUGCGCUCGCUGACAGAGAUCAGUGAUGGCAGCGUGUACAUCAGCCAAAACAAAAACCUGUGUUUCCACAACAGCGUGAACUGGACCCAGCUGUUCAGAGGAAGUCGAGUGAGAGUCAACAACAUCAACAGUAACAAACCUUGGGAAACUUGUGUGGAAGAAGGCCACGUAUGUGAUCCUCUGUGUUCAGACUCUGGGUGCUGGGGCCCAGGGCCAGACCAGUGUCUGUCCUGCAGAAACUACAGUCGAGAUGGCACCUGUGUGAACAGCUGUAACUUCCACAGAGGGGUGCCCAGGGAGUUUGCAAACCACCAUGGAAAUUGUGUGCCUUGUCAUGCAGAGUGCAGACCACAGUAUGGAAAGGCCAGCUGCACAGGGCCCGGUGCUGACGAGUGUGUAGCCUGUAUUAACUUUAGGGAUGGCCCAUUCUGCAUGUCCUCAUGUCCUGCUGGGGUAAAUGAUGGCCAGAAGGGACUCAUUUUUAAAUAUCCAAACAGAGCAGGUCAUUGUGAAUCAUGUCACCUAAACUGCACACAAGGAUGUUCAGGUCCUGGACUCUCCUACUGUUUAGAAAAUGGACUUGCAAUUAGUAGUGGGCAGAUCACUGGCAUAGUUCUCGGUGUCCCAGCGGGUCUGAUUUUCUGUCUGGUUGUGUUUUUCCUGGGCCUUCUGUACCAGAGAGGCCUCGCCAUCCGCCGCAAGAGAGCAAUGAGGAGGUAUUUAGAAAGUGGAGAGAGUUUUGAGCCACUGGGUCCUGGAGAGAAAGGGACCAAGGUUAAAGCUCGAAUUCUGCGUCCUUCAGACUUGAGAAAAAUCAAGCCAAUUGGUUCAGGAGUAUUUGGCACUGUGCACAAGGGCUAUUGGACUCCAGCAGGGGAAACCGUUAAAAUCCCUGUCGCCAUUAAGACUAUUCACGACAGCACAGGGCGUCAAAGUUUCACUGAAAUAACAGACCACAUGUUGUCAAUGGGAAGCCUGGACCACCCGUAUGUCAUCAGACUGCUGGGCAUUUGUCCAGGGGUGAGCCUUCAGCUGGUGACUCAGUUCAGCUCUCGAGGAUCUCUGCUGCAGUACAUCAGGAACAACAAGCACAGGCUGGACCCACAGCGCCUGCUUAACUGGUGUGUGCAGAUCGCCAAGGGCAUGUAUUAUCUUGAAGAGCACUGCAUGAUCCACAGAAACCUUGCAACACGUAAUGUCCUGCUGAAGAGUGACUACCAGGUUCAGAUCUCUGACUAUGGGGUUGCAGACCUCCUUUAUCCAGAUGACAAGAAAUACAACACCAAGACUCCUAUUAAAUGGAUGGCACUUGAAAGCAUCUUAUUCCGGAGAUACAGUCACCAAAGCGAUGUCUGGAGUUAUGGCGUGACAGUGUGGGAGAUGAUGUCAUUUGGAGCGGAGCCAUACACCUUUGUGCCACCUCAGGAAGUGCCAGGCCUGUUGGAGAAAGGGGAGCGCCUAUCGCAGCCACAGAUAUGCACAAUAGACGUCUACAUGGUCAUGGUUAAAUGCUGGAUGAUUGAUGAAAACAUUCGUCCCACUUUCAAAGAGCUCGUAAGCGACUUCACACGAAUGGCAAGGGACCCAUCCAGAUAUCUUGUUAUUAAGUUGGAAAGCCCUGAUAUUUCUGCAGAGGAGAUCCAUCCCACAGAUCUAGAACGCGGGCGGAUGGAUACAGAUUUUCAUGAUGAAGAUGUGGAUGCAUUGGAAGAGGGGUUGUCCACACCUCCCUUAUGUCAUUCUCCCUCCUGGAAUCGUUAUCGGUCCAGGCUAAACUCCAAUAGGAGUGACAUUUCCCAGACUGGACCCAUUGGAUAUUUGCCUAUGACUGCUGGUCCUAUAGACAGUAUCAGACAGCUCUGGAGCCAAAGACCACGCCUCAGCUCAGUGCAAACACUACCUGGACGUUCAGAGGCUAUGGAGCAUACUUCAGAAACAGAAACGCAGGAGAGGAGAUUGAUCACUAUGGUUAUGUUCUGCCGGGAUCAACAAACCAAGUUGAAAAAGUUCGCAGAAGUUCUCACCACACAAAGAAAAAUCCAAAAUAUUUCAUGA